AGCUUUUAGAUAAUAGGAGUAAUCAGAGCUGCAGCUUGAGAUUUGCUGCACCUGUGCACUUUAUGUGGUCAGUUUGGUCAUCGGAAGGAGCUGAUGUCGAGUUAAAAUAAGAGGAGCUCAGUGAGGACGAGUUCAUCUGUGUCGCUUUACUGCAAACAGCCUAAGAGUGAAAUGAGUGAAUGGAUUGGACCAUAGCAGUCAAACAUUUGCCACCUCCUCACCUAAGCAUUUAUCAUCACAGGUACAACCUGGCAACCAGCUGACCGUGUACCAUGACAACAGCAUAGCAACCACUCCAGUUAGUGUAUCAACUAAGUUGUAGAACUGUCUGCAAACACCUUGGACGCUCAGUAACACAUUAGCAGCGUCAUGUUGCUGAGACUGAGGGGAUUCCUCCUCUCUGCCUCCAGCUGUUCUCUAACCCGGUGUCACCUUCACUCCUUCAGUCUACACUGUAAAAACUGUCCUGCUAAAAUGUUUUUGUCUCCAAAUCUCUGCUGGGCUUUUAAAUGAUCAGGGAAACCGUCUCCUUCAAUCCUGCACUUACUUUAUUGCAAACCUUGCCCACUAGUGUUGAAACUAUAAAAAGUCUCUAAAAUUACAUUUUGACAUAUAAAAUACAGUGCAGCCCUAUUUGUAAUAUUACACACACGAGGAACAGAAACGGAGCCUUGUUCAAGCGGAGGUCGCCGCUUCUGUACCUGCGAAUGGAGCUGUUUUUUGCAGCGGUCGCUGCUCUUUCACAGACAGAUGGACAAACUGUCUCCGGCUGCAGCUCGGGGACUGAAGGGCAGCGUAAAGCGCGUCUGAUAAGCGGCUUUACUCCUCUAAUUGUGGCCUCUGGGCGGCUGCAGGUGGACGCAGCGGACCGCCGCCGGAGCCUCACCUCUGUGACCGGAGGAGCGUGUGACCUUUUACCCGAGGACGCACGGGUGUGCGCCGCGCUUCCGACGCCCGAGGCUUCGAUUGCGGCUUUUAUCAACCCGUUCUACGGCUCUUCAUCGUGGUUCUGUUAACCAUGCGUUAAGCGUGUGAAUGACCCCACGUUCUGCCUGGUUCAGCCCUGCUUUGCGUAAAGCGCGCACCGGAGCGAACCCGGACCCGCCGGAGUCUGACCUGGUACCUGGCGCCAUGCGGAGCCCACAGACAGCGAACCCGAGCCCGAGCCAAGCUUGAUGCCGGUCCGGUGGCCGCGCUGCUGUGGCUCGGAGCCGCGGCGGACAUGGCGCCGGAGCCGCAGGGACACGACGUGGCCGCGCUGGUUUUCGGGGUGCUGCUGAUCGUGGUGAUCGUGUGCGGAAACCUCCUGGUGUGUCUCAGCGUGUUGACGGAGAAGGCGCUGAAGACCACCACCAACUACUUCAUCGUCAGUUUGGCGGUGGCGGAUCUGAUGCUGGCGGUUCUGGUUCUGCCGCUGUUCGUCUACUCAGAGUUCCAGGAUGGCGUGUGGACCCUCAGCACCACCGUCUGUGACGGCCUGAUGACCAUGGACGUGAUGCUGUGCACCGCCUCCAUCUUCAACCUCUGUGCCAUCAGCAUCGACAGGUUCAUCGCUGUGCUGAUCCCUCUCAACUACAACAGGAAGCACGUGGACCUGCGUCAGGCCGUGCUGCUGUCGGCCACCUGGAUCCUGGCGCUGGCCGUGGCCUCUCCCAUCAUGUUCGGCAUCAACAACGUGCCGGGCCGCCGACCCACGGAGUGCAAACUGGAGAACGAGGACUACGUCCUGUACUCGUCCGUGUGCUCCUUCUUCAUCCCGUGUCCCAUCAUGCUGAUGCUCUACUGCGGCAUGUUCCGCGGCCUGCGGCGCUGGGAGGAGGCGCGCAAGGCCAAGCUGAGGAGCAGCAUCCAGGCCUGCCGCAAGCUGCAGGAGGCCGCGGCCGCGCUGCCGCCGCUGCUGCCGCCCGUCAUCGAGCGGGAGGUGACGGACGCUCCGGACGGGCCGCCGGCCGCCCCGGACCCGGACCCGCCCUACAACUCAUCGGAGUUCAUGGACGCGCCUGUGCCCGCGGUGAGCUACGCGGAGAUCAGGUUCAACCCCGACCCUCACAGGAGGAAACGGGCCAAGAUCAACAGCCGGGAGAGGAAGGCCAUGCAGGUUCUUCCAGUGGUUGUAGGCGUCUUCGUGUUCUGCUGGACGCCCUUCUUCGUCCUCCACACGCUGCGAGCUCACUGUCAGAACUGCCACGUCCCUCCGGCCCUGAUGAGCGUGGUGACGUGGCUCGGCUACGUCAACAGCGCCCUCAAUCCUGUCAUCUACACGGUCUUCAACACGGAAUUCAGGAACUUCUUCAGACGCUUUCUGCACCGCUGCUGCUCCUAGAGCAUCGGUGUGAGCAGCUGUUUCCUUCCUCUGUGAGGUUUUUAUUUUUCUACUUGUGAGGACAGCAACGUUUUACUGUGGAGAGCAGACAGUACAGAACUGGCAACUAACGAGGCCCAUUUUAUAUGAUGAAAUUCUUCUUUUCAGAAUAAAAGGUUUUACACAAAGGGAGGUUGUUCAGUCACUAAAGUGCUAACUAUUGUUUUAAUUAUAAUGAAUUUGUCUUGCUCCUGUUGCUACAGAAGUGAAUAAAGCUUGUCGUGGUCGGUCA